UGGUUCCUAAAAUGGCGGCGGUUUCUGUCAGUGUGGAGUGAAACUUUCUUAUUUUAAGCGAAUAUUAGGCGCUUCGCGGGCUCCUUCUGUCGACUGUGCUCGUGUGUUCAGUGAUACAACAUUCACCGGCGCCCAGAGGCGUGUGGCUGAGGUCGCUCGGGCCGAGUGGUGUCGCCCUGGGCUCCGUGUUUGAUCGUCAAACCGCCGGGCUUCCCUCGAAGUUGACGGCGGCUGAGAGCCUGGCUGACAUUGCGAUCAUUCCGACUGUUGUUGUCAUCGGGUCGCUCAACGCGGAACCGUUGGCGAACGCGAGACGUCUCCGUGCAGCUAGCUAGCUUAUCGAGCCGGCGGAGCCCGAGCGAGGGCAGGUCGGAGAUCCCGAGGCCGUGUCACGUCAGCUUGUCAGUGGACACCGAGGCGCUGUUGGAUGUCACGACGGUGCAGUGUCAGGCGGGAUUUGGUUUGCUAGCAUCGUCCACUCUGGCAAAUCAAAUGGAGAAGCUCCAGGACCUGAGCCAAUCAGAGCUACAGGAGCUCCUGGACACCCCAGAGAGGGUGGAGUCUAUGGCCCUGGAGUCCGACGAGAUCCAGAACAUCCAGCUGGAGCGAGAAAUGGCGUUGGCAUCAAAUCGCAGCCUAGCUGAGCAAAACCUGGACAUGAGGCCACGUCUGGAGUCACAGAAGGAGGUGCUGGUGGAGAGAUACUCUCAAUUAGAGGCCGUCAGAGACACCUACAGACAGCACUGCUCCCUGAGAGAUGGUAUAGUAGGUCAGGUGUCUCCGGAGGCAUUGUUCUCCAGACUACAGACAGAGGGCGGCAAAACAGAGGCAGAGUCAGAGGCUCUAGCUGAUGAGUUUCUGGAGGGCUCUCUGCCACUGGACUCCUUCCUUGACCGUUUCCUCUCCCUGCGCUCCCUCGCUCACAAGAGACGAGUACGGAUAGAGAAGCUCCAGGAGAUCCUGCGGCAGAGGAGCGAGGGCAAUCCCACCACCAUGACAUCAUCAGCAGGCAUCAGCCAGGAUCCUGCUGCCACGCCCUCACCAUGGAAUCAACAGACAACUACAACAACAACAAAUCCGCAGCAACCGAACUCCCAACCUCAGUCCUCCAGUUACCAAAACGCAUCUCAGCCGGCCUCCUCAUCUGCAGGGUGCUGCCCCGGCCUACCCUACAGUCCAUACCCUGUCUCCCCACCCAACCCCUCUCCCGCAGCAGCGGCAGCAGGCUCUGGCCCAGCCAAUCCACCAUCACAAUUCCCUCCUUACCCAGGUUCCGGCUCACCUUUUGGCCCCCCAGGUAGCUUCUCUGGCCCCAGGCCCACUUUUGGGCCUCCGGCGUCAGCCACCUGCCCUUAUCCUACUCAGCCCUCCUUCCCUGCACCACACCCAGGCUCAGCAUUUGGCCAGUACACCCCCAGCCACCCCCAGAGUGGCCCUGCCCCGUACCCGGCCUCCUACAGCUAUGGUGGCUACAGCUACCCUGCAGGGCCCCCCUAUUCCAGUUCUCAGUCACCAACGGGGCGACCCAUCUACAGACCAGGAUAUGGAGUUCCACAGCCAUACUCCUGAAAGCACUACAGCUCCUGUGUCUCAAUUUUUCUUCUAAAUUCUUCCCUUCUUUACUGUCUCCCCCUUAUUUUCUUCCCUCCCUCCCUGAGCUCUCUCUCCCCUUACCCAAAGUCCUUGUUCUCCUCUUGUCUUUUUACCUUUUCUACCCCCCCCAUGCUCCCAGAUUCAAGAAGUGUCGCUUUACUUAUCUUUGUUGCACUAUUUCUCUCUUUCUCUGAAUAUCAGUCUGUUGAUCUGUCUUUCUCUCUUUCCCCCUCUCUUUCUCUGUCACCUUACUUCCCACCUACUCCCCCACACUAGUCUCAGGUUGUUACGUUGUGUUCAAAUGUUAAAACACUUAUUCGUAUCUUUCCCUUCAUACACUCCCUCUCUCCAGCCACCCCCCCUUCCUCCUCUUCCAUGUCAAUUGUGUGUGUGUUGCUAUUGGGCAAUCAGAAAGACCUUAUAAACACACAAGUGCACUCCCCCUUAAGACAAAUGCAUGAAAGAAAUGAGUCUUUGUAACAAGACAUCAGUGUCCAGUAACUGCCUGCUUCACGCAGAGUCUGCACUGAGAAGCAGCUCACAAUGGGAGGCUUGUGUCCCAGUUCACCUCCAUAGGGCUCAUACGAUGCAGUUCAAAUGGAAAAGUGAAUGGCUGGCACACAGUAUGGCUCUUAACCUAGGUUAAUCAAAAGUGCAGGGUUUUGAGGGCAUCAUUUUCUUAGCUUUUGCUGCUUCAUUUAUCAGCUCUUCCACACAUUUACCUACUCCAAACAGAUGUGGCAGGUGGAUUUCAUGAUACACACUGACACAAGAGUCAUCAGUAACCCUUUAUUUUCUUUAACCAAAGACGGCGGCCUUGCUUUGUUUUGUCUCUUUGAUUAUUUCGUUGACAGAGGGCGUUAAAAGCAGCAAACUCAAACAUCACUGUGAAGGCCCAGAGAGAGGCGCCAUGUGGAGAUAACAGAGAACAACAGUUGUGUACCGAGGUUCUUUUUCUUCUCAUCAUUAUUCACCAUUUCACAGAAGAGAGAAUAAAACCCCUCAGAUGUAAAGAAGCUUAUCAGAUCAUGCUGAGGAAAGGUUUAUUUGUACCAUUGACUGAUGUCUCCUGACUGUGUGUGUCUCUGUGUAGAGCUGUUCAAUCAGAGCUAAACUCUGUCCAGACAGGAUGCUGUUGGUCGUUGGUGCAAACCUCAGACUGGCAAUAACACAGUGCUGUGGCUCCAGUGUCAGCAGCUCGCCGAGUGUCAGCAAAGCUUGUUUUAUGUUGUACAGGAGAGAUGCUAACCGUUUCUAUAAAUGACACUAGAAUCUCCGCUUGACAGGUUCUGAGCAGCCUCAGCAGCAGGUUUGGAAAUGACCCCAAGUCUAUUUUAAACCACACAUUCUAAGCCUCCAUGUGCUUCCCACAGGGCAUGCUAGUUCUACAUUCAAGUGUGCAGUGUCCCCCCCUCUUGUAGGUGUGUGUUAGAGCUCUACUGGCCUCAGAGAAAAAUAUUGAACAUCUGCUGAAUGCUUCACCAUGUUCAUCAGUGCUGUCUUUGUGACGUGCUGCUGAGCAGGCCGUGGAUAGAGGGCGUAUCAGAGCUCUUUCUCUCAACGCUGCUGCUGCUGCUGCUGCUGCUGCUGCUGCUCAAAACAAGGCUGAUAAGGGUGGAGUUUGGCCGGAAGACCAACACAUUACACUAAAAGAGGCUUUUGAAAGACUUAGCUGAGUUGAGUCAUAAGCAGAGUAAUAAUGCUAAUCCACUGUCAGUGUUGAAAUAGUAACUGUUGCAGUUUAAGAUAAGGAAAGAUUUAUUAAAAAACCUAAAUAAACAAACCUUUCCUUCUUGUUGGCAGGGAGUUAGACCUUUGUAGCUUUCUCCAUUGUGUGUCUUCUUUCCUUUCCAGGUAAAGAUGGCAACUGGAUAUGAAGGGGAGCUUUUCAUUUUCAGUCCUUAGCUGUCUAUGGUGCCAGAUCUUCUAUAUAUUGAGUUAAUUCCAUAAAAAUAACAAGGCACAGAGGGAACGCUGACACAUGUUACUGUGGAAGGCAGAUGUUUUCUACAACAUACAGUAGACAUUAGUUUGUCCACCUGUCCAAUACAAAGUUCUGUUUAUUGGACAGGUGCACUGUAUCCCCACUGAUACAGCACGUCAUUUAAUGCUAAGAGCCAGAAAAAAAAGACUUUGGUGUAUUUGCAGUGUUAUUAGUGAAAUAUAGAUUGUGUGAUUGAUAUGUAGGGGGAGUCACAGAGUACCUGAGACAAUGAUACCUGCUGCUGCCCCCGCCCCCGCCCCCUCAGCCUCACCAUUUCGUCUGUCCUCUCCUCCUCUCCAUCACUCCUCCUCUCCAUCACUCUCCUCCUCUUCAUCACUCUCCUCCCCAUCACUCUCCUCCUCUCCCCACCUGCUUGUUGAACAUGAACUGAUGCUUGACAAUGAUUAUCAGAAGAAAAAUGUUUUAUUUCUUUAUUAAGUUCACACAAAACAUGUGUUAUGCAUAGUUUAAUGGAGAGAAAAUGUAAAGGUUGGCGAGUUCAGUUCUGUGUCAAAUGAUUCAAUUCAAAUAAUAUCCCCUGGAACUGCAAUCUAGGUAACGGAUGAAUGAUCACUGAAAGACGUUUUAGUAUUUUUACAUAUCGUUUCAGCUGUAUUCUCACAUACACACUGGUUGUUGGAAGAGUUUCUGAAUAUAACAGUUUUCCUUUUGUUUGAAUGAGACCAGCUGUAUGUUAAAGUGAUUGAAUUAAAUCUAAAUUAAUC